AACACCCUCUCGCGUUUUCGACAAUAGCCACAAAUAAAAUGUGUAACUAAAUGUGCAACUGAAAUGUGCAACUAAAACAGAAUACUGCGCAAUUGGCUAAUAGUGUGUGUGUGCGUGUUGGUGUGUGUGUGCUGAUAGAUAGCGGGGGAACGUGAAUAUGUGUGCUGGUGCUAGAGGGCGCUGUGAAUAAUAAAAGACAAAGAAUCAAGUGCUUAAUAUAAAACUUGCAGUGCAAAUGCAAGCAAUCUAUUUUUAUAAAAUAAAAAAAAAACAGUAACGCCCCCCUUGCUUAACUUAUGUAUGCUGCAGUGCUCUCUGGCUCCUAUCUGUGCACAAGUACACGGAAGUAAGUGUGUAUAUGUGUAAAAACGAAAAUAAAACAGCCUCUACCUCUGCUGGGAGCUAGCGUUAGCCAUUGCCACCCUGCAGAGCCCCUGACAGUGCUGAAAAGGGAACUGCUCCAUACGCACAUCAUAUGCAACGGCAACAACACAAUAAUAGCUUCCACACACCACCACCGCAAUAACAAAACAACGACGAGGCCCAUCGCCAUCUAAAACACCAACAAACAAUUAUUUCAAAGCAAUAUUACUACAACGAAAAGUUACACAGGGAGCAGAAGAGGCAGCAAGAAAAACAACACAGUUACACCACAACCCCCUUACGUCCUCGACAUAGCCUUGUAAAAAGCAUUGGUACGCUCUACGCUCGGCACAAUCGCCCUUCAGACGUCUAACAACCCACAACUUGCCAACUACGAGCAAACACACACACACGUACGUAGAGAAGGAACGUCCGUCCUCGUCCUCUACCCCACCACCCUCCCUGCCAAUCAGUGCCGCUGCUGCUGCCUUAUACUGCACUCAUCCUCUGCUGCUGCUGCACUUGCAAUGGAAUCGGACAUUGAAAUGGAAUUGGAGUCUGACAAUGAUGGGGAAUACGACGACGACUAUGACUACUAUAACACAGGCGAAGACUGCGAUGUCGAAAGGCUUGACCCGAAGCGUGCUGAUCCCGAAUACUUCGAAUAUGACUGCCUUACUGUAGAAGACAUUGAGAAACUGCUCAACGAAUUAGUGGAGAAGUUGAAUACAAUAUUACAAAUAACACCCUCAUUGGCCAAAGUGCUGCUAUUGGAGCAUCAAUGGAACAACACAGUGGUCGUUGAGAAAUACCGACAGGACGCCAAUGCAUUGUUGGUGACGGCGCGCAUAAAGCCGCCAACGAGUUCAGCUGAUGCGGCCUCGACCAGCGCUGCUGCAGCCGCACAGCUGCUAAAGAUGGGAAGCAGUGGCUAUAAAGCACCGCCAGCAGUUGGUGGGAAUGCAAAUACGCCACCGUAUCGCAGCCAGAUGUGCCCAGUUUGUGCGAGCUCCCAGCUAGGCGACAAAUUCUAUAGUCUGGCCUGCGGGCAUUCGUUCUGCAAGGACUGUUGGACGAUGUACUUUGAGACACAAAUCUUUCAGGGCAUCUCCAUUCAGAUUGGCUGUAUGGCUCCGAUGUGUAAUGUGCGUGUGCCGGAGGAUUUGGUGCUGACGCUGGUAACGCGGCCGGUGAUGCGCGACAAAUAUCAGCAGUUUGCAUUCAAGGACUAUGUGAAAUCGCAUCCCGAGCUGCGCUUCUGUCCCGGACCCAAUUGUCAAAUCAUAGUGCAAUCCUCAGAGAUCUCCGCCAAGCGUGCCAUCUGCAAGGUCUGCCGCACAGGCUUUUGCUUUAAAUGCGGGAUGGAUUACCACGCGCCCACAGACUGCCAGGUGAUCAAGAAGUGGCUGACAAAGUGCGCCGACGAUAGUGAGACAGCCAACUACAUUAGUGCGCACACCAAAGACUGCCCAAAGUGUCACAUCUGCAUCGAGAAGAAUGGCGGCUGCAACCACAUGCAGUGCUUUAAUUGCAAGCACGACUUCUGCUGGAUGUGUUUGGGCGACUGGAAGACGCAUGGUUCCGAAUACUAUGAGUGCUCGCGGUAUAAGGAUAACCCCAAUAUUGCCAACGAAUCGGUACACGUGCAGGCGCGCGAGGCUCUCAAAAAGUAUUUGCAUUACUACGAGCGCUGGGAGAACCACUCCAAGUCCCUAAAAUUGGAGCAGCAGACGAUCGAACGACUGCGGCAGCGUAUUAACACAAAAGUGAUGAAUGGCAGUGGCACUUGGAUCGACUGGCAGUAUCUGUUUAAUGCGGCAGGGCUGCUCGCCAAGUGUCGGUACACGCUCCAAUACACCUACCCAUAUGCCUACUAUAUGGAAGCGGGCUCUCGGAAGAAUCUGUUUGAGUACCAGCAGGCCCAAUUGGAAGCUGAAAUUGAGAACUUGUCUUGGAAAAUUGAACGGGCCGAGACAACAGACCUGGGUGAUCUCGAGAAUCAAAUGGAUAUUGCUGAAAAACGUCGCACCACACUACUCAAGGAUUUCUUUCCUGUUGCUGUGUAGGGCGUCGCAACGCUGAUAACUAAACUAAGUGGACACGUAGCACAAAAUACAUUUUAUUUAGAGGAUUGGCCACAAACAGAAUAUGUAUGUGUAGCAGAGAAUAAUGGUGUAUACCACACGCUUAUAAACAUAUACUAUACAUAUAUAUUAUCCAUAUAUAUAUAUAUAUAUUUGUAGUCUAACAACGUGUAGCUAAUGUUUAUUAAGUAUAAUUUUCAAGUGCAUAUGUAUUUAUAAUGUAGUUUAUAGUUCUUAAAGAAUAAUUACUUUAGUCGUGAAAUUCUAAAUCACUCAAAAAUCGAUACAUCUGCAAUAUAACCGUAACAUUACCGUAACGAUAUAACGUGAUGAGGGGCGGUUCAAGUGUUGUUUUCCAAAAACGUCCGCACCCACAACUAGCGACCAUAAACAACGCAAAUGCAACCAACAAUAGUGAACAUUUAAGAUACCAAUAGUUAAACAAAAUGUGCUUCAACCCGAAAUGCAAAGCGAUGAUUGAUUCGUAAAGCUUUCGUCUAUAAUGUACGACUCAGCAUUUUAGUAGCAAUAAAAUCAAUGUCUAGCCGUAAGUUUUAAAGUUCAUUACCAAA